CGUUCCCACGCCAUCCUCACCCAGCUUCCUUUUCUCUUUUGUCAACUUACUCACUUCCUCUCAAUUCCUCGUAUCACUGUCGCCAGUCACCCUUCCUUCUUAAUCUGCGCAUUUUCCUCUGGCCACCUCCCUUUCUCUAACAAUCCUUUCGGCUGCUUUGAAAGUUAUAAGUCCUUCAUCGAGUCCUUCCUUGAACGUCCGCGUCCAUCACUUAUCGAUCGGUCGUCCCAUCCAACCCAUUACUCUCGACUCCUUGCUUUUGCACCAUCUGCUGUCCACCGUGGUAACACAGGAAACCAAAGCCACAUCGAUCAAUCACGAAAACUCAUUACCCACUCCACGGACAUAGCUUGACCGGUCCUGUCACUUCCCGAUUCGAAGAUGGCGGAGGUCGAGAGCAGCGUCGCGGACGAGUCGUUGGCGCAGUCCGAGGCCCCCGACGAACAGCAAACCCAUAACAUGACAGUCGGCAUUAGGCGACAGGCGAAUGGUACGAUCGGCUCGGUCUAUUCGGGAAACAAAAUCCGGCACCUAAAGAAGGAGGAUGGAAUUCCUCUAUGGCGCAAGGACAUCCAGUAUCAGUUUCUCAAGCUUGUCUUCGAGGAUACAACCCCGGUCUUCACUCGCUGGCCUGAUGGGGUGAAAGGUCUGGACUUUGCCGACAUCUACAUCGAUGCUAUGGCGAGAAGCAGCAAGACGAGUAAGAUCCUGAAGGAUAAAUUGCAGAGUGACAAGAAGGCGGCCAUCAGCAUGGCUAUGGUUUGUCUGCUGGUCAAUUUUGGACGCAUGAACACCACACUCAAUUUCUUCCCCGAGAUGCGUGCUCAGUUGCGGACCUAUCACUCCAUUCCUUCUCUGCAAGCGACACAGGACCCUAAUGCCUACAAGCAGUUGCAAGAUGCUCCUCGUCUCAAGUCGAUUCUCAAAGGCGCAUCUGAAGAUGUUGACCAGCCCAACACGCUGGACAGAAUCAAGCGUCAGGCAAAACCCCGCACAAACCCCGUCAAUCUGAUCUUUGUCCUGGCCCAAUAUGCCCCCAAGGUGUCGGAAAUGCACUUUUUCCCUCCCCGUGACUUCUUUGACCUGGUCAUGAGGGGUACACUCAGUAGUCGGAGCAGAGCCAAAGCUUUUCUGUGGUUGAUGUGGUGGUAUCUGGAAAGUGAUUUCUCCGCACAGGCAGCGCUGGACAAUCCCUUCGGUCCCGGUCUGGACGGUGAAGGCACCGGAGGUUUGCCUAUCAAGGUUCCUCAGUUUGAGAGUCUUACCGAAGAACAGGCAAACGAGGAGAAUGUGGAUACCCAGUCCGAACUCGACUACGGUGAAGCCAAGCGCUUGGAACGUAAACGCAUUCUGGAAGACGAUGAGCCACUACCCAGAGUGCCUAAGCGCUCUAAGAAAGGCCUGCCUGAUCUCCUCGACGACGAAGCAUCAGGAGAUCUGUCUGGUCGCGGUGACGGUCGCUUGUCCGCCAUGUCCACCCCUCUGCAUCCAUCCACCAAGCGCCAUCCACUAGAUGAUGAGGACGACUAUCAAACUCCCGGACAGUCUGCGCGCUCCCGGUCCAAGAGGCCCAAAAGAGAGUCUUCUCUCAACCGUUCUCUUGGUCAGCAGCGUCUCAUCUUAAGAACCAAGAUGGAAAACACACCUGACGCUGCUUCUCCAGCUCCUCCAGGCUCGGGCCACCCGAUCUUGAAUCGAUUUGUUACAGAAACCACCCAGCCCACCUCCGCCCGUCGGCCGCGACCUCUCACUCAACACCAAUUGGCUGUCGAGCAGAACCGUCGACAGCGGAUUGAAUACAUUCUAGCUAAGCGCAAGAGCGAAGCGUACCGCGUUUUGCGUGCGAAGCGAGAAAGCGAGAUACCUAUUGUCCGCUAUGGUCGUCGUCUUUCGAAUCUCCCGGAAGGCUAUGACACAGAUGAGGAGGAGAAGGCCUGGGGCAAGGGUGGACUGGUGCCGAAGCCCGACGAGGAAGAAGACUUUGGUGAAAGUGCUAGUUACUUCUUGUCUGUGAUCCGCAAGGCCGCCAGACGCUUGGAUCGAUGGGAUUAUGACGAUGCCAAUGGUCCUAGGCGUGAUCGCAAGGCCGAACGCGAGGAGCGCCAGAAAGCGAGGGAGAUGAGGCUCGCUAUGGACAGUUCGGGUGAUCUUGCUGGGCGCAUCCCAUCAUCCGCUCGUAGUCGCGCUCGUGCUGCUCGAAAUGCCAAGCGCAAACUCGCCAAUGCGGCUGCCAGUACCCCAUCCGCCAAGGAGCCAGGCGCUGCAAGCUCCUCACGGUCAAAAGCUAACCGCAAUCGAUCCCAGCGCGAUGCCGAAGACGCAGUGGCGUCUACCCCGAACGCGGCCAAGGAUGGUCUGGAGACACCUGGUCGUGACCAUGAACUCUCCCCAAUGCCUGGCUCGACCCACCUGGGCGAUGACGAUGAAGGUGAGGAAGGACUAGACGACAUUGACCGUGAACUUCUCGGCGAGGGGAGCGGAGAUGAUGACGGCGCUCCGACACCAGCGGCUCGCACGUCUCGACCGACAGAACCAGGCUAUGAGGAUAGUUUUAUGGAGGCAGGCGAUGCAGAUGAGGAUGCGGAGGGUCUCUCAUCCGAUGACAAUGACGACGAAGAAGUUGAUGACGAAGAUCUCGAUGAAGGAGAAGCGGAGGUGGACGCUGACGAGAACUCUUCCACGCUCGAAGGUGGCAAUGGGUAUGCUGCCAGCGAGACCUCUUCGGUGGCCGGCGCGGAGGGCGACACAGUUCUAGCGGAUGAUAAAGACGAGACUAUGACUGAUCUCUGAUCAUUUUCCUACGGAUUUUGUUGGGGCUUUGAGCUUUCCAAGCGCCUGGCCUCCAUAAAAUCACUUCGGGUGUGCAUCUGUUGCGAUUGAAGGUUCUCUAGUGCAUAUUCGACCCUUGCUCUUUACCUGCUCCAUCAAGCCUGAGUCCCUCUUUUCGCUUUUUCUCCCUUGUGUCUUGUUUUCCAGUGUACGAUUAUCUCCAACAGGUUAACUAUGUUUCUACUUCAAUUCCACAUGUAUUG